AUGAACCGCGGCGAGUGCUUCCCUGCCACCAACGCCACGGUCCUCGAAUGCGCCGCAGACCAGUGGCGCGCGCCGGGCUCCACAGCCUGUCUCCCUGCUCUAUGCUCGCUCUCGCUGCUCGACACAGUCGGCUAUGCCGCUGUCGCUCUCGCCGGCAUCCUUGCCAUCGCCCUCGGCUACCGCCUCUUCCGUCUCGCCUUUACCCUCCUUGCCCUCGCUCUCGGCGGCCUGACCUGGCUCGCUCUCAUCCAGUACGCGCCGCACCUCUCGCUCGCCGCCCGCAUCGCCUCCUCCUCGAUCGCCGCUCUUCUCGCCCUCCUCAUCCUGCACUCGGCCCUCCGCGCCGGCAUCUUUGCCGUCGGUGCCUGCGCCGGCAUCGUCCUCAUGGGCGUCGUCCUCUCCAUUCCAGCCGCAGGUAGCCAGCUUGUUGCGCACACCUCGCCGCUUGUCCGCCUCGUCAUUGUCGCCGCCGUUGCCUUUGCCACCGGCGUUGUCGCCCUCAUGGCUGAGCGCAUGGUCCUCAUCCUCGCCACCUCGUGGGUUGGCUCGUUCGCUUUCUUUGUCGCCUUUGACGUCUUCCUCGCCGCCGCUGGUAUCGGCUGUGGCUCGCACCUGGCCCUCUCGCGCUGGCAGUCGGGAUACUUUCGCGCCGCCGUCGGCCGCGUCCUCGUCUCGCUCCAGAUCUACGCCUACUCGCCACCGCCUCAGCCGGCGGCUACCCUCUCAUUCUUUGCUCUCCUCGCCGCUUUUGUCGUCACCACCGCAUGUGGCGUCGCCGUUCAGACAACGUGGACCAUUGGCUCCUUUCACCACCGCCACCGGCACUCUUCCUCCCCGCAGCCUCUGGUCCUCUCGGUCACGUCUCCGCUCCUACAGCAGCCUUGA